AUCAUUACGAAAGUAUAAUUUCUAAUUUUUCUCGUCAAACCAGAGUUGAUAAAAUGCAAAAAUUGUUUGCGUUUUCUCUUAUUGUGGCAGCAAUAUGUCAUCUGGGACUGGGAUUGACUUGUUAUUCAUGCUUCAACUGCCAAUCAGUUGAUUCUUCACACGAGGAAGUUUGUCUCGACAUUACCGGAUUAACAACAAUGUGUAUUAAGUCCGAGAAUAGCGCACUGGGCAUCACUGCAGUAAAUCGGGCCUGUGGAUACGGAACAUCAACAAACUGCAGCUCUGGCACUCUUCUUGGGAUUACUGGAACCGUUUGCUAUUGUGACACAGAUCUCUGCAACGGGGCUGUAGUCGUCAGAAUCAGCGUUAUUAUGGGAACUCUCAUUACUGGAAUCUUGGCAAGAAUACUGAUGUAGACCUGGAGAAAUAUUUUCAUGAAUUCAAUUUUUAAAUUUAUUUAUGACUUCUAACAUUUCUAGCGUGUGUGAAGUAGUGUGAAGCGUGUAUGUCGUUUCGAAUGCCAUUAAAGUUAUCUAA